UUCUGAGGAAGGCAAGAGGCAUAGCAGUAUGAAAGGCUUUGGGAAGAGAAUAAAAAAUUACCUCCUCUUUACCUUAAACAUCACCCAGCUCUGUGCUCAUUGCGGCCCUCUGGAGAGAUACAGGGAGUUAUUUGAAGCUGAGUGAGUGAGCCAGCUACAGCUCUGGAUGGCUAAAGAGAGGAUAAAUACAUCUAAAGAGAUGAAUUGAUGGAUUGGUAGCAAACGAAUAUAAAUAUGGAGAGAGAUGGACGAAGAGAAAGAUGGAUUGAGACAGAGAGAAUAUAAAGAGAGGCUGAGGGAGAGAAAUGAAUGUGUGAAUGAGGAGAGAGUGUUUACGUGGAGAGAUGGAGCAAGAAAGGCAGCUCCUCUCAGCCUUCUCACCACUUUUCCAUCCUGCUUCCACUUUCCCAACCCUCGCUGAAAGAAUCUCCCUUUAGAUUCUAGACACUGCCUUACACCCUUAGGUGUUUUGCACCCUCUUCUUUCACAGUCAUCCAUUUGGCCUAAGAUAACAUACCUCACCCAGAUGUCCUAGCCCAUCACCCCAAGACAAACUGGGGGAGAGAAAUGAAGAGUGGGAGUUCUGGGCAAAGUAAAGGGGCUGGGUUUCCCACCUCCAGGGUCUACAGCCUGGGGGAAGGCUCCUUUGGGGGGCUGGGAAGAGUGAGGGGCAGCUGGGUUGAAUUUGUCCAAAUCUAAUAACCCAGGAGCCUAUUGAAGGCCUUGGGGGGUAGGAGGGGAGGAAAGUCUUGAAUAUUCCCCUAACUUUUUCCCCCUCUCCCUCUGGUCCCUUCUUCCCAAAAGUCUUUGAAGAAAGAUGUUUUUGACGCUUCCAUGUCGCUCUCAGAUGGAUGGGCUGUGGGUGAUUGAAGUGUCUUUGUCAUGCUAAUGCUUGGGGGGUGAUGGAUGGGCGCUGGGGCUGCCAAACUCUGGCCCACUGCGCCCAUUGGCCUGGGAGAGAUCACAUGUGCCCCUCCACCCCCACUCCCUACCCCUUCCUAGGGGAGCCCUGGCCCAGCCAAGCUGGGCCAGGCCAUGGAUGCAAGCUUCAGCUCUGUGACAUACUGCCGAAAGGUUGUAGGGCAAGAGGGUGUCUCCCCCAAACGGGCGGACCCUCCUGCGGCCUCCACGCAUGGACUAUAAUAGGAUGAACUCCUUCUUAGAGUACCCACUCUGUAACCGGGGACCCAGCGCCUACAGCGCCCACAGCACCCCUAAUUCUUUCCCCCCUAACUCCGCUCCGGCUGUUGACAGCUAUGCAGGCGAGGCCCGCUAUGUGGGGGGUCUCCCCAGCCCCACUCUCCAGCAGAACUCUGGCUAUCCUGCGCAGCAGCCGCCCUCCGCAUUGGGGGUGCCCUUUCCCAGCUCUGUACCCUCGGGGUACGCGCCAGCAACCUGCAGCCCUAGCUUUGGACCUUCUCAGUACUACCCUUUGGGGCAGCCGGAAGGGGAUGGAGGCUAUUUUCAUCCUUCAAGCUAUGGGGCCCAGCUGGGGGGCUUGUCGGAAGGCUAUGAAAUGGGUGGAUCUGGCGUGGGGCCGGGACCCUACUCUUCUCAGCAGCCCCCUUAUGGGAACGAGCAAACUGGGAACUUUACACCGUCCUAUGCGGAUCUCCUCCCGGAAGACAAGGAAUCGCCCUGCCAGGCGGAACCCAGGCCGGCGGCCCGGACCUUCGACUGGAUGAAGGUUAAGAGGAACCCACCGAAGACAGCAAAGGUGUCCGAACUGGGCCUGGGCGCCCCGGGCGGCCUCCGCACCAACUUCACCACGCGACAGCUGACCGAACUGGAGAAGGAGUUUCAUUUCAACAAGUACCUGAGCCGAGCCCGGCGAGUGGAAAUCGCCGCCACCCUGGAGCUUAAUGAGACACAAGUCAAGAUUUGGUUCCAGAAUCGACGCAUGAAGCAGAAGAAGCGCGAGCGGGAGGGAGCCAGGGUGCCCCCCACCCCGCCAGGUUGUCCCAAGGAGGUGGCUGGAGACACCUCCGACCAGUCGACCUGCACUUCCCCGGAAGCCUCGCCUAGUUCCAUAACCUCGUGAACGCAACCUCCCUACCAGCCCGGCUCCGUGCGCGGAGGGACCCAGUGCAGCCCUGCUCGUCGCUCCCAGCCCCGCAGUCAGCUUCCCCGCGCAGACCCUCUCCAAGGCUGUGGCUCCAGUUUAGAGCUGCCUUUGGGAGGAAUGGGGAAACGCUUUUCUCUGGUCUGGGCUGGGUGCUGAGGGCUGGGGACCCUAGAUGGCCAGAGGCCUGGGAAACACCAAACCUGUCAGAUGGGGAGGCAAGAGUUUCCUUCCAUCUUUGAUCUGGGGAUCAGCACAUGGGUGGGGUUGCAAACAACCACACCCUAGAGAAUGAGAAUUCUCUCCCUUCCGACUUCUGUUUGUUCAGUUAGUGCCUUUGAGCUCCGGGCUCUUCUCAUGCACUCCUAUCCCAACUCACCCUUCUGGCUCAGGGCAGACAGAGGGCCUUGAAGUCCCUUGUGUGGGAGAUGCUUGGGUUCGGGCAUAUUACCAGUGCCCAAUCUCCCCAGUCACCACAGCACCAGCUGCCUUGCGACAGACCAAAAAGCCCCAACCUAACCUUAUUAAACCCCUCCCUGCACAUUUAUAUUGCACUAAUGCAGCCUCCAGAGGUUGUUUUCUGAGACCUGCUUCCUCCCACCAGUGACCUCAUCUCAGAGUCGCCAAAGUGUUUGGAACUUGGCACUCCGGGAGACUUCUGGAAUGCUGUGCAAGCGCUGGCCUUAGCAAGCCUCUACCAGGAAGGUGCAGGCACACCCCAUCCUCCCCUAUUUAUUGCCCCCUGGGAAACCCAGGGCCCUCUUCUCUCCACCCUGGAACAGCCCAGGUGCAGUGAGAGCUCCUAGAAACAGCAGCAUUUCUCUGGACCUUGGAGACUGUGGAGACGCUCCCCAAAUUUCUGGAAGCCUGAGCCCCAAGCAAGCCAAGUUGUCUCUGUACCUCCAACUACCUCAUUUCAAUAAAAUCUG